AUGCCAAAAGCGUCAACCGAUGACGAGUCCGUUUAUUCAUUCGUCAAUUCACAACCUUCGUUCGUUCUUAUUCAUAUACAUACCGAAAAACAAAAGAAAAAGCAAAGUCGAUUAUGUUCCCUAAUCAACAGUAUCCACCAACCACCAUACAAUCCUAGUGGAGCGUAUCCACAACAACAACCACCAUUUGGUAACACGCCAUCGUACGGUAUUGCAGCGGGCUUAGGAGGAGGUUUUCAGCAAAACAUGUCGACACCCUACGGUGGUAAUCAAGGCGGCUACGGAGCAAAUCCUUAUGGACAAGGAUCAAAUCAGCCAGGAGCAAAUCCUUAUGGGCAAGGAUCAAACCAACCAGGAGGAAAUCCUUAUGGACCAGGAUCAAAUCAAUCAGGAGCCAAUCCUUAUGGACAGGGACCCAAUCAGCAGGGAGGAAAUCCGUACGGGCAAGGAUCAAAUCCCUAUGGACAAGGACCGAAUCAGCAAGGGGGUAGUCCGUAUGGCCAGAGCAAUUUUGGUAUGCCAAGUGGACAAGCUGGUUCUGGUUAUCCUUCUUCCGGUCAAUCAUCAUUCGGCAAUAGCCCAUACAACCAAAAUCCCGGUUAUUCAGGUAGUGGUCAUCCGCCUUCACAAGGCGGCGGAUACCCAGGUCAACAAGCACCAUAUCCAUCGCAAGGCGGCUAUCCUGCCGGUCCACAAGGUGGUGGUUUUGGCGGACAAGGCUCGGGUCCUAAUGCAGGCGGAUUUAUGUCGAACGAUCAGCGAAUGCAACGGUUGAAUCAAGUUAUUCAGCAGUACGAAAUUAAUCAACAAUUUGCUUCUCGUUUACAAGCACUUGGUAAUUGCGAAAUUGUUAUCGUAUGUGAUGACUCGGGUAGUAUGAACACACCGCUUCAGAAUAGCAACCAAACGCGAUGGGAUGAAUUGAAAUCACUCGUCAUGAUUGUCACUGACAUUUGUGCAGUGAUGGAUUCCAAUGGUGUUGAUGUUUAUUUCUUGAAUCGUGACCCUGCACUUAAUAUCACUAAUCCACAAAAUAUGCGCCAUGUGUUUAAUUCACCUCCGCAAGGUCUAACACCAUUGGUGCCAGCAUUACGAAGAGUUCUUGCCGCGAAACGCAAUCAAACAUUUGAAAAGAAACUUUUAAUUCUUGUUGCUACCGACGGUGCACCGACCAAUGAACAGGGCCAAGUAGAUAUCGGUUCAUUAGAAGCUCUUCUCCGUAAUGAACGUACUCCACAAACCUAUGUAACAUUCUUAGCGUGUACUGAUGACUUGGACGCUGUUAACUAUCUAUCAAAUUGGGAUAAAACAAUGCCCAACAUAGACGUGAUCGAUGAUUAUCGCUCGGAACGUGCUGAAAUUCAACGAACACGUGGAGCUAAUUUCCCAUUUUCUUUUGGUGAUUACAUUGUCAAAGCUCUACUGGGUUCAAUUGACCCUUGGUUCGAUGCACUGGAUGAACGUGCUUAA